AUGGAAAGGCGCAUAGACCUGAUUUUGGCCAUCGUGGAUAACCUCAAGGCUCUAAAUGAACUAUACACUAAAAUGGCCAUAUGCUGGCCUGAGUUGCUAGAGGCACGUCACUGGUGGCAUAUCCUGAAACUCGCUAAGAUUACCAAGGCAAGGAAGGUGGUGAACUCUGCAGUGGUGCACAGAAUUGAGGCAACUGGCAGAAGGGUGAUUUGGCACCCAGACAUCACUUUUGACAAAGAUGUGCUUUUCAGGCAUGAUGGUGUGCACCUGUCAGGCAUGGGUAAUGUCUCAAAUGCUCUCAAAAUAUCAUUGAGGGCCUUAGGUCCUGGUUGCAGAUGUAGGGGGUUUUGCAACCAGCCAAGUUUGACUUGA